AUGCUUCGCCGCUUAAGCAUUGUACAUGUUACAUGCCGCCGGUUAAUACCAUCCGUUCAGCAGUCGCCCUCGUUAAGCUGGGCACUUGGCAGUACCAGAAAUUAUGCUAAAAGGACCUCGUCCAGAAAGAAUGAUCUCAAGCCUGUAACGUUCAAGAUACCUAACUAUACGUCUGUAAGUGACCUCUCCAACAUGACAAACAUCAAAAUUGAAAAGCUGAUACGCGAUUUAACGAAAAUGGGCUUCACCAACGUUACACACAACUAUAUUCUUUCUAGGGAAUACGUCGAGUUAGUGCUGUCGAGCUACAAUUACAAGGUUGAAGAGCAAACGUCUGUACUAACCCCAGAAACUGUAUACGAUGAACUGAAGUCCCCUGUCAACCCAAAGAACCUAAUGAAAAGACCGCCUAUUGUCACCAUUAUGGGGCAUGUAGAUCACGGUAAAACUACGAUUUUGGACUACCUGCGCAAAUCUUCAAUCGUAUCAAAGGAACACGGCGGAAUAACACAACAUGUGGGCGCUUUCCAAGUUGAAACCCCUAUCUCUAAGAGAAGAAUUACUUUUCUUGACACUCCAGGGCAUGCUGCUUUCCUGAAAAUGAGAGAAAGGGGCGCGACCAUCACAGACAUAGUUAUUCUCGUCAUAUCUGCCGAGGAUUCGUUAAUGCCACAAACUUUAGAGGCCUUGAAACAUGCCCGUAAUUCAGGAAACCAAAUGGUUGUGGCGAUAACAAAAAUUGACAGAUUCUCUAACCCAAAGCAACGAGAAGCGGCCAUUGAAAAAGUCAACUUGGAUAUGAUGAACCAUGAAAUACCCAUAGAAAGAAUUGGUGGUGACGUUCAAGUGGUUCCGAUAAGUGCUCGCACCGGAGAAAAUAUGGAGCUUUUGGAGGAGAGCAUAGUUCUUUUAAGCGACGUGAUGGACCUAAAGGCAGAAACUGGUGCUCAAGCUACUCUAGAGGGCUAUAUACUCGAAAGCGAAAUGAAGAAAACGACGGGAAACGUUAGCACUAUCUUGAUCACAAAAGGUGAACUGCGAAAAGGAAAAGUCCUUAUAUGCGGAAACACGUAUUGUAAAGUCAGGAGUAUAAAAAACGAGAAUGGCCAGGAAGUUGCAAAAGCAACGCCUGCCCAAGCUGUUGAAAUUACAGGAUGGAAGGACCUACCUGGGGCAGGUGAUGAAGUGAUAGAAGUCAAGAACGAGGCUACUGCUAAAAAGUACGUUGCCAAAAGAGUGGCACUAAUCCAAACCCUAAAGGAAUCCGAAAAUGUUGACCGUUUGAAUGAAGAGCGCGCAACAAAAGUUUUUUCUAAGCUCAAGAAAGAGAAUGAAAACGAGGACGAAUCACUAAACUCAGAAACGGGCGCAAAUGCGAAGGAUGAGGGUCCUAAAAAAGUUAACUUCAUUGUUAAGGGUGACGUCUCGGGUUCUGUUGAAGCAAUAGUAGAGAGUAUUGCAUCACUAGGAAAUGAGGAGGUGAGGUGUAAUAUAGUUACCGCCUCUGUAGGUAUUCCCAACGAAAACGAUAUGAAAAUGGCUCGAAUCACUGGCAGUAAACUACUGUGCUUCAAUUUAGGUUCGUUGCCACAUGACAUUAUCAAUAAUAAGGACGACAUUGAAGUUGCACAGUUCAAUGUCAUCUAUAAACUAAUCGAGGAUGUGACGGAAACCCUCACUGACAAUCUGAAACCAAUCUACGAAACAAAACAAGUGGCCUCUGCAGAAAUCCGCGACAUUUUCAACUUUAGUGUUCGAAAGAAAACAAUUAAGAUAGCUGGAUGUAAGGUGCUAAGUGGACAGGUCUCAAGAAACGCAACGGUCAAAAUUAUUAGAGGUGCAGACGAAAAAGUUGUUUACGAUGGAACCAUUUCCUCUUUGAAGCAAGGGAAAGAUGACGCUUCCGUGGUGAAAAAAAACAACGAGUGCGGCAUCACUUUUGGAAAUGACUUUGAGAGCUACGAGCCUGGUGAUAAAGUUGUCGUAUAUGAGAAGGUUAAAGUUCCAAGGUAUCUUUGA